AUAUUCAUCCCUACCAACUUACAUUAACAAUUAAAAGGGUCUAUUCUGUCUAACAAAAAUAAAGAUUCAAUAUUUCUACCAUGAAAAACAGGUAACGAAUGAUAACAUUUCAUUCCAGAAAAAUCCAUUAAUUUACAUAACAAUUAGCAAAUUUAAUCAAAUUCAAUAACCCUUUUCCCCAAAAUUUCCCCCAUUUUUAUAGAUGGGAAGAUCUUUGCCCUGCACAUCAGGCUUGAAGAAUUUUGCAAGAUUAAUCUCAUCAGAAAGAUUCAUCCCACCAAUACAAGUAAAACCCACUUUAAACAACAAAGUUUCUGUAUCAAUUUCAAAGUCACCCAAACAACCCACAAAAGUUACCCGAGUUGACUCAGCUCAACUCAGUCAAAAGAUGGAGAGUAACUCGGUGACCCAGACCCGAGUUCCCUUAGGGGAAGUUGUAUCUGAUUGUGUGAAAAGGUGGUUUCAAGAUACACUUAAGGACGCCAAAGCUGGUGAUAUUUCUAUGCAGAUUUUGGUGGGUCAAAUGUAUAAUAGUGGUUAUGGUGUUCGUAAGGAUACUGAAAAAGGGCGUACUUGGAUUAUGAAAGCUUCAAAAAACAGGUCCUCUGCGUGGAAAGUGAGGGAUAAACAACCAGGUUACAAUGUAAGUGACUCAGAGUCGCAAGAUCUAAAGGAUACGAGGAGCUAAAUGCAACUUUAUAUUAACAGUAUAAGGAGGAUAACAAUGCCGGGUGGUCUCGUCGUUUUCAAGCAGAUCAGGUUCCAAUAUUUGUUUAGUUGCUUGUUGCACUGCUCCUAACUUCACUACUCAUAAUCUAUUUUAAGCCCAUUACAUAUAAAUUGUCGAAUCUAUGAUCGAUCGAAUAUACAUGUACUCAUAGACCUAUUAAGCAUGUACCUUUUUUGUUCACAAAGAAUACUUUUCAUUAAAUCAGUCGAGGUUUUAUAGUCGGAAUAUUGUCACCCUUGUUGAUGUAACUUCAACUUCUGAAAUUUUUUGCUUAGUAUUGAUUUUUUCCAGAAAAAAUUAUGUUUCUGGACAAGA